GCUGUCUUGGCUCAGCCAAUUCGAGCUGUGGGAUUCGCUGACGUCACCCCAAGCCCCCUCUUGUCAUUGUGCCGGACGACCGCCAUCUUGGAUUCAGGCGGAAGACGGGUCAGCUCAGGGAGGUUAUGAGUUGACCCGACAGAACUGUGCGUUUGGCCGUGAGCCCGCGUUCCGGUCGCUGGGGCCGCUGGGAAUCGUGACGACCGCUCAAGAUGGCGGCGGCCUGAGAGUCCUCUAGCCGCUCUAGCUUGGUUCCGGGUUCGGCCGCCUCCGCGGUGGCUCCCCGUCGCCUUCCGGGCUGUCUCUAUGGUGUCGGAGCCCGCACUUCAGGACGUCGCGGGGCUCGUGGCCGUAGAAUCUGCGUCACGGGGACUACAGAACCGGAGCCCAGGCCCGGGCCGCCUGCCCGCAGGUUGGCUUGGCUUUGAGGAGUUGCUGAAGUUUUGGUGCAUAAGGGAUGGGAUCAGAGAACAGUGCUUUGAAGAGUUACACGCUGAAGGAUCCCCCUUUCACCUUACCCUCUGGACUGGCUGUGUAUCCAGCUGUACUGCAAGAUGGCAAAUUGGCUUCUGUUUUUGUGUACAAGAGAGAAAAUGAAGACAAAGUUAAUAAAGCUGCCAAGCACUUGAAGACACUUCGGCACCCUUGUUUGUUGAGGUUCUUGUCUUGCACAGUGGAAGCAGAUGGCAUCCAUCUUGUCACUGAGCGAGUGCAGCCUCUGGAAGUGGCUUUGGAAACAUUGUCUUCUGCAGAGGUCUGUGCUGGGAUCUAUGACAUAUUGCUGGCUCUUAUCUUCCUUCACGACAGAGGGCACCUCACACAUAAUAAUGUGUGCAUGUCCUCUGUGUUUGUGAGUGAAGACGGGCACUGGAAGCUAGGCGGCAUGGAUACGGUCUGCAGUCAUCCCCAGGCCACCCCCGAGUUUCUGAGGAGUAUUCAGUCAGUAAGAGAUCCGGCUUGUGUCCCUCCUGAAGAGAUGUCUCCAGAAUUCACAACUUUGCCAGAGUCUCAGGGACAUGCACGGGAUGCCUAUGCAUUUGGGACAUUGGUGGAAAGUUUACUCACAAUCUUGAGUGAACAGGUGUCAGCUGAUGUGGUUGCCAGCUUCCAGCAAACCCUGCAGUCUGCCCUGCUGAGCCCUGUCCCACAACUUCGGCCACCGCUACACAACCUCCUGGCCCAUGAGCUAUUCAGGAAUGAUUUCCUAGAAGUUGUGAAUUUUCUGAAAAGUUUAACAUUGAAGAGCGAAGAGGAAAAAACUGAAUUCUUCAAGUUUCUGCUGGACAGAGUCAGCUGCUUGUCAGAAGAAUUGAUAGCCUCACGGUUGGUGCCUCUUCUGUUGAAUCAGUUGGUGUUUGCAGAACCAGUAGCUGUUAAGAGCUUUCUUCCUCAUCUGCUUGGCCCCAAAAAAGACUGUACCCAGGGAGAAGCACCUUGCCUGCUGUCCCCAGCCUUGUUCCAGGCCCGGGUGAUCCCCGUGCUGCUGCGGCUGUUCGAGGUGCACGAGGAGCAUGUGCGCUUGGUACUGCUGUCACACCUGGAGGCAUAUGUGGGCCACUUCUCCCAGGAACAGCUAAGGAGAGUCAUCCUGCCUCAGGUGUUACUGGGCCUUCGGGACACCAGCGAUUCCAUUGUGGCCAUCACUCUCCACAGCUUGGCUGUGCUGGUAUCUUUACUUGGACCUGACGUGGUUGUGGGGGGAGAGAGGACCAAGAUCUUCAAACGCACUGCUCCAAGUUUUACAAAAACAACUGACCUUUCCCCAGAAGGUGAUCAAUUUUCUCAGCUUAUAAAGUGUCCCAUGAAUGGAAUCUCAGAUGUGAAAAGUACCUCAGGAGACAAUGAAAAUCCUGCAUCAGGUCCUAGAAAGUCUGAGGAAUGGCCUGACUGGAGUGAGCCAGAGGAAUCUGAGAACAAAACUGUCAAAAUACAGGUAUGGCCCACCUCUGAGGCCACCUCAUCCCUGCUUCCUAACUUAAGAGCUGAGGCAACUUGGGUUGACUGUGAGCCCAGUAGUUCAAGUUCUGCCAGGAGCCCAGGAGGUGAGGUCAUCUCAAGAGAGAUGACACCUCAUCCACUGUCUGUCACCAAAGAGCCUUUGAAAUCAAGCUCAGCUGAAGAGGGCAGUCUUGCACCAGGAAGGAACCCCGAUCAAACCAAGCCCCCCAGACUCUCAUCACAAGAAAGGCUCCUUAAAGCUCCAUCAGAACUGGGGUUGGGAGAGGAAUUUACCAUUCAGGUGAAAAAGAAGCUAGUGCAAGAGCCUGAGUUGGACUGGUUUGCUGAUAUGGUCCCAGAAAUUAAGCCUCCAGCUGCUAUUCUUAUUUUACCUGAACUGAGGACAGAUGGGGUUUCCAACAUGGAUGACAUCUCACCAGGGAUGCAGUUUUCCUCCAAAUUUGCUGCAGCAGAAAUUCCAGAGGGAGAGUCUGAAGGCUGGGGAGAAGAAGGGGAGCUCAACUGGGAAGAUACGAACUGGUGACAACAGGUGUGAGUUACACAUUAGGAAAAAGGAUUCCUUUAAAAAAAAAAUCAAACUAAUACCUCAAAAGCAGGCUCUGCAGAUGAGAAAACCCAAAGCAUCCUGUUUUUCCAUGCCAGAGGGGAACUGUUUUCCAGGUUGUGGGUUCCUGGUGAUGUCAGAGAAGGAGCUGGGUCUGAGACCAGCUUGUUGAGAAGUGGCUGCAGAAAGGUUGGAUUUACUAUUUUUCAGGACAGUAGGAAAAUAAAGAAAACAGAUACAAAAUUUUAAGCGGAUUAGCUUAAUUCUGUGCCAUUUCAUUAAGCUCUAUUAUGAAGUCCAACUUACUAAAAAUGAUUUUAGCUGUAAAGCAUACAAAUAAUUCUAAAUUGCUAAGGCUUCCUUAAGCAGUUUGUUUACAGUUGUGGAGAAAAUGGUCCUGUGGGAUCUGAGCAGUUACUGACUGUUCUUUGUUAUUACAUUGUACCAAAGUUUGUAAUGAGAAAUAACCCCUACAAUCUUGUUCUCUGAAUGUCCAAUAAAGACUAUUUUCGCUAGAUUCUAAA